CCUCACCUUAAUAAUUUUUCGCUUCUGUCCGCAAACUGAAAACCACCUCGAUACUCGGGCAAACCACAUCGGUUGCGCGAAUCCCGCCCAUUCGCACCUCCCCUGUUCCGUCUCCGCUUGCACAGCAUCCGGAGGGCCGCAUCCUCCUCCUUUCUCACUCCGAGCAACCACCUCAAGUCCCUUUUAUCGCUGGAGACCCCGCAGCUCCGGCCGACUAGCUUCUCACAGCGCGCUCCGGUGGUACGUCGAAGCGCGCGUGGGUAGUGUAGAAACACCGCAAUCAUGGCGCCCAAGAAAAAGGAAGUCCAGAAGCUGUCUCUGGGCGACUUUCUGAACGAUACCUCAUUGGGCCCCUCUACCUCCUGGGCCGACGAAGUUGAAGACACCUUUGGCACCCAACCACUCCCCCCUCCAGAGCGCCGCGUGCCAACGAGCUCGUACGGCGCCAGCAAUGAUCGUGGUUACCACUCGCUGCGCGAAAACCUUCCCCAGAAGCUGCCCGAGAAACCGCCCUUCACCGCUCAUCUGGGCAACCUGUCCUACGAUGCGACUGUCGAUACCAUCACCGAAUUCUUCGAGGGCUGCAAUGUCCUGAGUGUGCGGAUCAUCGAGGACCGCGAACAGAACCGGCCCAAGGGCUUCGCGUACGCCGAGUUCGCCGAUCUUGAGGGCCUCAAGUCUGCUCUCACCCGCGAUGGACAGAUCUUCCAGGGUCGCAGCAUCCGCAUCAAAGUCGCUGAACCACCGAGGGGCGGCUUCGAGAGACCCGAACGCGAGCUCGACUGGUCGCAGCGGAGGGGCCCGCUAACUGAUAUCCCUCCCCGCGGCGGCGAUCGGCGUGGUCCGUCCGACCUCGGCGAGCGUCGACGUGAGUUCCAACCCGCCGACGACGGCAAGGUGAGAGAUUUCAACAACUGGGAGAGGCGCGGCCCGCUGUCGCCUCUGCCUCAGCAAGAGCGGCCCGGGUCUCGCGAGGGUUCCCGCUCCCGCGCCAUGGAUGCUCGGUCCGAGUCGUUCCGCGGCAACCGGCGAGUCUCGCCUGCGGCCUGGGGCCCCGGUGAAGGCCGCCAGGACGGAUCCCGCCCGCCUCGCCGCGAGUUCGGCGACCGCCCGGAGCGCCCCGAGCGCGUACCCACCGCUGCCGAAAAGGAUCCCAACUGGCGCAACAGCAUGCGUCCCGAUGCAUCGAUCAAGUCGCCUGGCGAGUCUCGCGAAGGCAGCGAGGCGCCGCCUUCGCCGGCCCCUGCCGCUGCUCUCCCCGCCGUACGGCCGAAGCUAAAUCUCGCUAAGCGGACCGUUUCGGAGGCGACUGAUGCGGCUCCUGCUGCCUCAACUGCCGCCGACCCGAAGUCUAGCCCAUUUGGUGCGGCGCGCCCCAUUGACACGGCGGCGCGCGAACGCGAGAUCGAAGAGAGGCGCCAAAGAGAGAAGAAAGAGGCCGAGGAGAGGGCCAAGGAGGAGAAGCGCGCGAGGGAAGCCGCUGCCAAGGAAGCGGCCGAGAAGGCUGCUGCUGAGAAGCUUGCUGCUGAGAAGGCUGCUGCUGAGAAGGCCGCUGCCGAGAAGGCUGCCAAAGAGAAUGGAGUGACAGAGUCCCACGCGGAUGAGGCGAAGACAGCCCCUCAGGAGACUGCCCCUAGCCAGGCCACAAACGAGCGGAAGAUCCCCAUCCGGCCUCGCGAGCCUCGGGAGGCACCCAAGUCGCGGGCUGUCGAGAGCGGCAACUGGAGGCAGCCAUCCGGGGAGCAACGUGCUCCGUCCCGCGGCGGUCAUGCUCUCCCCAGUGGCCCCCGCCGUGGCGGUCCGCCUCGUGGACCUCGGGACUCGGCCCGCCCUCCUCGGUCAAACGGCAACGGUCCCGCGCCGCAGCAACCGCAAUCUCCCAACGUCGACCAGGCCCCGUCGACCCCAACUGUCGAUGAGGAUGGCUGGACCACAGUCCCCAACAAAGGCCGUCGCGGACAGAGUAACCGUGCAGUGGCCUAAGCACGUAUAAUCCGCUCUACCUCUUACGGUCAGUAGCCCCGACUCUCCCGUCUCUGGUCAAUCUGGUCUACGCAGACCUUGGCGGGUCCUCUGGUGGUGGCAGUUACACUUGCUCCAACAAACCAUUACGCCGUUAUGUCGUUGGCUUGGAUAGCCCGGCAUCACCUCUAUCGACAUUGCCCGAGAUCUUCUCGGACGCAGUCCGAAUCUAGGCGAGAUUUCC